AUGUCUUCAACAUUUACUCGGGCAUUGCGGCCCGCAUUGAGGGGGAGCCGUAUUCUCUCACAGACUGCAGUCCGCCAGGGCCUGGCGAGACCUAUGCGCCGAGCAAACUUAGCCCGUCCCAUCUCUACCACCGCCGUUCUCCGCUCAGACUCCCCCAUUGACAUCUCCGAGAUCCCGCCCACGCCAAUCAGCCACCUCUCCGAGGUUGAGAAUGCAAUGGCCGAGAGCGUCUCCAAAUUUGCCAACGAUGUGAUCCUCCCCAAGGUCCGGGACAUGGACGAGGCGGAAUCAAUGGACCCCGCCAUUGUAGAGCAGCUCUUCGAGCAGGGACUGAUGGGCGUGGAAAUCCCCGAGGAGUACGGAGGCGCCGGCAUGAACUUCACCGCCGCCAUCAUCGGGAUCGAGGAGCUCGCCCGCGUCGACCCCAGCGUCAGCGUCUUGGUGGACGUCCACAACACCCUGUGCAACACCGCCAUCAUCAAGUGGGGGUCCGAGGCCCUCAAGCGCAAGUGGCUCCCCAAGCUGGCCACCAACACGGUCGCCUCCUUCUGCCUGUCCGAGCCCGUCUCCGGCUCCGACGCCUUCGCGCUGGCCACCAAGGCCACCGAGACGGCCGACGGCUUCACCAUCUCCGGGAACAAGAUGUGGAUCACCAACUCGAUCGAGUCCGACUUCUUCAUCGUCUUCGCCAACCUCGACCACUCCAAGGGCUACCGCGGCAUCACCGCCUUCAUCGUUGAGAAGGGCACCCCCGGAUUCUCCAUCGCCAAGAAGGAGAAGAAGCUCGGCAUCCGGGCGUCCAGCACCUGCGUCCUCAACUUUGACGACGUGAAGAUCCCCAAGGAGAACCUGCUGGGCGAGCGCGGCCACGGGUACAAGUACGCCAUCGGCCUGCUCAACGAGGGCCGCAUCGGCAUCGCCGCCCAGAUGACGGGUCUCGCCCUCGGCGCCUUCGAGAACGCCGCCCGCUACGUGUGGAACGACCGCAAGCAGUUCGGCUCGCUCGUCGGCGAGUUCCAGGGCAUGCAGCACCAGAUCGCCCAGUCGUACGUCGAGAUCUCCGCCGCCCGCGCCCUCGUCUACAACGCCGCGCGCAAGAAGGAGGCCGGCGAGGACUUUGUCAAGGAUGCCGCCAUGGCCAAGCUGUACGCCUCGCAGGUUGCCGGCCGCGUGAGCGGGCUGGCCAUUGAGUGGAUGGGCGGCAUGGGCUUCGUCCGUGAGGGGCUGGCUGAGAAGUUCUGGCGUGACAGCAAGAUUGGUGCCAUUUACGAGGGUACCAGCAACAUCCAGCUGAAUACUAUUGCCAAGAUCCUCCAGAAGGAAUACACUCAAUAG